AUGACCUCGCGCUUAGUCCUGGUCAUCGGUGACCUGUUCAUCCCUGAUCGCGCUCCGGAUCUUCCGGCCAAGUUCCGCAAGCUCCUGACGCCGGGCAAGAUUGGCCAGAUCUUGUGCCUGGGCAAUCUGACCGAUCGCCAUACCUUUGAAUUUCUCCGCCAGGUCGCCCCCGACUUGCAAUUGGUGAAGGGUGAUUUCGACGUUGACUCCCCCAACCUUCCGCUCUCCAAAGUCGUGACCCACGGCAGCCUCCGCAUCGGCUUCACCCAUGGCCACACCAUCAUCCCGCCGGGCGACGCCGACGCCCUGCUGAUUGCGGCGCGCCAGAUGGAUGUCGACAUCUUACUUUGGGGCGGUACCCAUCGAUUCGAGGCCUUUGAAAUGGAGGGCAGAUUCUUUGUGAACCCCGGAAGUGCCACAGGUGCCCUGAGCACGGGCUACUGGGCUGACGGAGAGGAUCCGACGCCCAGUUUCUGCUUAAUGGACAUCCAAGGAGACGUGCUGGUGCUGUAUGUCUAUCAGCUCAAGACGGACGCUAACGGGGUCGAAACGGUCGCCGUCGAGAAGGUCUCGUACCGCAAGAACAACGUCCCGUCCUCAUGA